GGCGUUUUGGGCUGCGCCACUGUUCAGGAUUUCCCUAUUUUGUUGCCGUCGUGAGUUGCUGAACUUUGUCAUCGGGAGUUCGUCGUCCGAAUCAACGGAAAAGCAGCGAAAUGGCAGAGAAAGAAGCUAACAACAAUGGCUACCAGCCUAAACCUGUAGCAGAAGCGUCGAAAGCGACAGAGAAUGUCGCUGAAAAUGGAGGGAAGACGAUGACGCCAUGGGAGCAGCACUCUGGCGUCAUAAGCAUCCCUCGCUUCGACUACAACGCACCAUCUGCACUUCUUCACCAUUGCCAUUCUGGAUUCCUCAUCACAUGCUCUAUCAAGAGGGAGAAGAGUGCCACAAAAGAAGCCAUCUCCAUCCUUGAAAAGUAUAUCCAGUACUUCAGCAGUUCUACCCCAGAAAAUUUGGAGGUAUCUGAUGAAAAUGAAGUUUCUAAAAGGAGGAAAAUAUGCACAGAGGAUGUUGAUCACAAAAGUGUUAAAGGAGAGGAAAGGAGUAGUGAUGAACAUGUUGAAGGAACUUCUAUGAAUUCUACAAAGUGUGAGGCAAGAGUAGAGAAAAGUUCUCCUAUUUCACUAGUGAAGCUGACAAGGAGUGGUCUGGUUUUGUUUACCCUUCCCAAGGAUAUCUCUCCUGACACUGUUUUUAUUGUCUUGGACAUAAUUCAGUCUCUGGAAGCAGGGACUUUGAAGUCACCAGCUUGGUGCCAUCGCAUAUUCCCCAUCCAAGCUACUUGCUGUUUGAAUGAAAAAGAUCUCCAGGCGGUUGUAUCAAAGCUCGUUCUUCGGUUCUUGAAGAAUAAAGAAAAUAUCCUUUCACACCCUGUAAAGUUUGCAGUAGGGUACAACAGAAGAGGCAUUGAAGAGACUGAGAUGAAGACUUGCAAAGAUAGUUCUGGUGCUAACGUUAUGGCGAGUCGCGAUAAAUGCUUCAGCAUUGUGGCCGCUGCGGUUAAAGAUGUCGUCUCAAACGCUGUUGUGGAUCUGAAAUCUCCCGAGUUCUGCGUCCUUGUUGAGCUGCUUCCCCUUUCUGGGUUGCCUCUGCCGUCGUUGGUAGUUGGGGUGUCAGUUCUUCCAAGCGAUCUUGUCACGACGAAGCCACGACUUUGCAUCAAAGCUUUGACUUCAGAUACCAAGGCAAAGAGUUGAAGGCACAAGUCAAUAGUAUAUUUAAUUCUAUUCAUCUCAUAGAAGAACAAGGUUGGAAAACUUCAGACUGCAGAUUUUGAAGAAAUUAUUAAGAUUUGUGAAUUCAUGUUCGUGUAUGAUUAAAUUAUUAUUUUAUUAA